CAUCUAAAUAUUCUUCUGAGCCUGGGAAGGCUAAACCCACCAAGGAACAGAUGGGGAAACUGAGGCAGAGAGCAGGGAAGUGACUUGCCGAUGGUCACACAGCAGGCCAGCUCAUGCCCCCAGUCACUGACGUCAAAAGUGAAGGCGGACCCCAGGUUUGGGAAGCUCUUUCGAUUCCACAUCCCAGUGCUGAUGUGGGCGCGGCACGUCACCCAGGAGACCCGGAACAGACUGAAGGAGCGCAGCGUCCCAUAUGGCUGGCAGGGCUUGCCCGACACAGCCAUUGCUUCCGCCUUGCAUCUGCUCAACGACUCUGCCAACAGCUGGCUGUUCGACAAAGCCAGGUUCCCUGAAGGCUGCGUCCGCUGCGCCGUGGUCGGGAAUGGAGGGAUUCUCAAUGGAUCCCGGCAAGGCAAGGAGAUAGAUGCCCAUGACUUUGUUUUCAGGCUAAAUGGGGCUGUGAUCAAAGGCUUUGAAGAUGACGUCGGGACCAAGAUAUCCUUCUAUGGUUUCACGGUGAACACAAUGAAGAAUUCCCUGAUCGCCUACGGAGAGUAUGGCUUCACCCAGAUACCCCAGUCCAAGGACCUGCGGUAUAUUUUCAUCCCCUCGGACAUACGCGAUUACGUCAUGCUGAAGUCAGCCAUACUGGGCAGCCGUGUCCAAGAGGGGUAUGACAGAGGCGAUGACCCGCGGACAUAUUUUGGACCAGAGACAUCUGCAAAAAAGUUCAAGCUGCUGCACCCAGAUUUCAUACAUUAUCUAACAGCGAGAUUUCUGAGAUCUGAAAUAAUAAAUACUCAGUAUGGGUAUCUGUACAUGCCCAGUACUGGUGCCCUCAUGCUACUGACAGCUCUACAUACCUGUGACCAGGUCAGUGCCUAUGGAUUUAUCACGGACAAUUACCAAAAGUUUUCAGACCACUACUACGAGCGGGAGAAGAAGCCUCUGGUGUUCUAUGCCAACCAUGACAUGCUGCUGGAGGCGGAGCUGUGGAAGAGCCUGCACAGGGCAGGCAUCAUGAAGCUGUAUCAGCGGUGAGGCUGGGUGGCACGUCCCUUCUUGCUGUAACAAAAGUAGUCCUUCUCCUCUUCCCCAAGGGCUCCCUUCUCCCUGGCAGGGGCCGUCCAGAAUUCAUGGGCAAAGGUGGCAAACGGAGAGCUCAUCCAAAACCAGCCUUACAAGCUGGAGAUUGCGUGAAUUGCAAGGCUGCCUUCUGCGAGCCGAGGGUGCUGCCUUGAGGAUUCUGCUCAGAUGUUGCUGAGAUGGCAAAGCAAGUGUGGUGAGGUCUCUUUCUAGGGAACCUGCUGAUUGGCUCAAGACAACAGACCCCAGACACACCCCAGUUCCUCCCAUCAAAUAAGAGACCUGUGGGGAGCAACUUCUGACACUGGGAAAUGAAAAGGGGAUUUCAGCAGCAAUAAGCCCGAAUGUUCAAUGCGUGUCUCCCAAAGGGGCAUGAUGGCCCUGAGAAGAUGCUCGCUCACCAGCAAAUUCCAGCUUCCCAUCGCCUUCAAGUGUUACAUGCUGAGCACAGAGCUUGGGUGUGAAAAAUACCCCGCCUGCCAUUUCCACCUUUCCAUCACAAGGGUCUGCCACAACCCUGAAAAGCCUAAUUUGUUCUGUGUUCAAACUCAUUCAUGAUGGGACACAUCACAGCCACAAUCCUAUAGCUGAAGAGACCUGGAUGGAGCUUGUUGACAUUGCUCCUCAAAAGACUGGAGGGGGGCAGCCAUAACUGUAUGAAGGCCUAUGGAGCCACCACAUGCACAUAAACACUCCACUUUCCAGACAGAGCUCCCAUCGCUAGCAGAAUACAGCAGAGGCUGAUUGCCCUCUCCCACCUGUGCUUCAGCCACACUCCUUGGGUUUUCACUCCACAUUGUGAUGUCAACAGAGGGUCUCAAACAGAUGGAAGUGGGGUUGCCACAGCUUAAUUAGGCCCCUGCAGCAAUCUGGGGGCAGGUGGACCUGAUCGGAUGGGACCCUGGGCAUUUUUUGCAUUGCAAACCUAGGGGGCCUGUGUACAUUCAGAGGAAGGCCCCCAGCCCUAGUACAGGCGGAUGGAACCCACCACUCCAUUACUUAAAACUAAAUCCUCAUCAACCUAAAUAAAAAACCCAACUAGCCUGCAGUGAGGAGGGAAAGUUCUUUACCCUGAAGCUACAUUUUGUAAGUUAAUUACAUGUAACUAGAAAGAGUAGAUCAGCAACAGGUUGGUUUUGUUCUACAGGGAGGUUGUAAUGACUAGUGAUGGAUGGAUGCUAAAGCACAGUGGAGGAGUGUAAUUUGAAACAUUUUCCCACUUUGUAUAAUUGCAUAAAUGUUGAAUGAUCUUUUAUGUUUUCUUUUGUUUUCGCUUGGGGUGAAGGAAGGGGGUAGAAUAUGACUGGCAGAGGCUGGCACAGAAAGCAGAGCAGCAAUACAGUGUGAAUGGACAGCAGAGGAUCGCAGGGUUUAGAGGGAGGGGUCUGACCUGGGAGUACUGCUGCCGUGAAUUUCUAUAUGGGAGGGGAGGAUGAAUAGUUCUGAACUCUGUGAGUGGCAAGGGCUGAGGGAAGUGAUCCUAACACAUACAGCCAGGGGCUCAGCACUCACUUGCUUUGCUCUGAGCCUAAGAAUUAACAUUUAAAAAUAGUUUAGUCCUGGUUUGGCCAAGUCAUCCUUGUAGAACAGCACUCAGCACUGCAGACUGUAAAGGAGAACAGCUAGGGUACAAGAUUAAGUGUCAGGAUACCCAGAAACUCAACCUAGCUGUGCCACUGGGUCUGGUCUCAGGUUUGAUUUUCUGUAUUGUAAAAUACAGAAAAUAGCAGUGUUCACACUGACUCAUUCCAUACCUGUAAAGCACAUACAUGUUAUAGCUCAGUAGUUUGAGCAUUGGCUUGCUAAACCCAGGGUUGUGAGUUCAAUCCUUGAGGGGGCCAGUUAGGGAUCUGGGGCAAAAACUGGGGAUUGGUCCUGCUUUGAGCAGGGGGUUGGACUAGAUGACCUCCUGAGGUCCCUUCCAACCCUGAUAUUCUAUGGUUCUAUGAACAGAUAGGGUACUGAGACAGAUGUGAAUUGUCCAAGUCCACAUCAGUGCCCGCUGUGGAUGAUCUAGAACUUUAGCUCAGUUAGGGAACAGUUCUACUAUACCCUACUGGUGCAAGCAGGUCUCUUGCCUUCUGCAGGUGUAGGCUAGUCAUGGAAAGCAGUAACCAAGUCUGAAAACUGUUCCAGCCAUAAGCCCCAGUGUGGAGGGUCUUACAUUCUCAAAACCCUGUAAAGUGCUGCAUGGUACUUGCUUUUUCUAUAGCCUAGUGAUGUAGCCUCUUUUAGUAAUGAGGGACUCGCCCUUCACCUUGCAGUCAUAUAGUAUAGACUGGAGUCUGACAUAUCACAGGUGAAAGGGCUGUUUGGACUCACUUAACUUUGAGUUUAGAGCAUCACCAAAACUCAGACACUGGAUAUUUUUUAUUAUUUAUUUCUGAAAGAUAAAACCUCCUUGGUCGACAGCUCUCUUUCUCUCCAGCCAGCCCUGCUGGGGGAAAAAAACAGAACAGGAUCUAGUCAGUAAAGAGAGAGACAUUAACAAGCCCUUUUCUUCUGUACUGUCAAAUCUAUUGUAAAAAAAAAAUCAGAGUAGUGAAGGUGGCCAAGCGCCAAGGACACAAAAGAGACUUCCAUCUUUAUUUUACCAGGAAUACAAAGAUGAUUGUUUGAGGAGGUUGGCAAGACUUAACUGAAAUGAUGGACAGGCCAGUUCUGACUGGCAUGAUAAAAGACCUGCACUUUGACAGGAAUAGCCUUGCAUCUAUUUACGUCACAGCUAGCCUCCCUGGAGCCAUGUUCCUGUCACUCCAAGCAAUCAUCCCUUUUCAGCAGCACUCAAGUCUAAGACCCAUUCCCACCUUAACAGACACCAUGGAGCCAUGUCAAACUCAACAGCAAAGAGGAAAUCUUGCAGCUGCCCACAGGUGACUUCACUGGCACAUGUCAGGUACCAAAUGAGAACUAAUGAUCAACAAGGACUAUAUCGAGACAGACUGAGACCUUGCUUCAGAUCAUUCUCCCUCUUUUGCAGCAGCAUCCUGAAGUUAGAGACUUAAAGUCAACUGACAUGUAAAGUCUGCAAAAAACAGCUGCUACCUAGAUACAGCAAAUAAGAUUUGCGUUGAACCAGUUCCUGAAUCUCCACAAGUACUGAACAUUGUUUACUUUUCUAAAAUUUUCUAUUUCUAGCCCCUCUCUUCUUUUUGUUUUACUUGCAACCUGGGAGCAGACAGCUCCAGUUUCUCUUACCCAAUAAAUUAUGCCUUCUAAUUAAACAAAUGCUGACAUUGUGCCAAAGUGUGACAUUAAAAAUCCACAUGACAGAACAGAAAGUUUUCUACAGGAAUUCACUGCAAAUCUACCGCAUAUCAAACACCAAACACUUAAAACAAAUGCACUGCUUUUCCACUAUAUUCCUCCCCAUCCCAUAUACCAACCUCCAAGCCUAGAGGAGUUCUGUUAUCUUUGGAUCCAUUGUCCAAUUCAUUUCAGAUCUGGGAACCAUGCACGUGUUACAAGGACCUCCGGCAAAAUCGAUCACACAUUCAAAUCCUGUUGAAGUUUAGAUUACAGUGUGUUGCUAGAAAGAACACAGUUAAUUGUCAGUCAUUUGAAAACUCUUUUUUUUUUAAAAUCCAAGAUCUCAGAGUGCUUAAAAAGGUCAGUAUGAGUUCUCCUCUUUCCUCAUUGUGACAUGGGCUACAGAAAUUAAGUGACUUGACCAUGGUCAAGCUGCAAGUCAGUAACAGAGUCAGAAAUAGAAUGCAAAUCUUUGAUUUGAUAUCCAGUCUCUUGCUCUAGCCUCGAGAGCAAGAAAAUCCUCUUGCUCUCAACACUAUUACUCUUAUUGUUUUCAUAAAAGAAUCAAGGUGUUAUUUGGGGAUGGAGAAAUAAAGUGUCACCAAAGGACA